UUGGUUCGUUACGUCUGCGGCGCUGAAGAGGACCGCACAGUCUCCAUCUCCUUUCCUCUCUUCGCUCGUGGAGAUUCUUCCUCCCUGAAAUUCACGACCUUCUGCUUCUGUGGAGAAGAAUCAACGAUCGCAAGGUCAACUGGAUGGACGUUUAAAUUGCGGAGAAGCUUCGUAAAAUCAUCCGUUUUUGAAUGGGAAAGAAGCAGCACCUGGAUUGGACUUCGCGAUCGAUUAUGUCUAGUGGAAGUGAAAGAGUUUCGCUCUUAAGAAAAGAGGGACCGAAGAAAGAUGAGGAUAAAACACCUGGCGAUAACCCGGAAACAGAUCUUGAGCAAGGAGAUCAAGUAGAGGCAGCCAAUGUUGGAUUUUCCAGGGUAUUCCUCCUGGCAAAGCCUGAUGCAGGGAAGCUAUUCAUCGGUACUAUUGCAUUGUUGAUAGCAUCCACUACUAGCCUUCUCAUACCUAAGUUUGGUGGUAUGAUAAUUGACAUUGUAUCUAGAGAUAUAAAGACUCCCGACGAGCAAACUCAGGCAUUAGAUGAAGUCAAAAGCACUAUACUGGCAAUCUUUUUGAUUGUUGUUGUCGGUUCUAUGUCCACAGCACUUCGUACAUGGUUAUUCUCAUCAGCUAGUGAAAGGGUUGUUGCUCGUCUGCGGAAGAACUUGUUUAGCCAUCUAAUGCAGCAAGAAAUAGCGUUCUUUGAUGUUACUAGGACGGGUGAACUUUUGAGCAGGCUGUCUGAGGACACUCAAAUCAUCAAGAAUGCUGCAACCACAAAUCUAUCCGAAGCCUUGAGAAAUGUGACCACUGGCUUGAUUGGGGUUGGCUUCAUGUUUUCAUCAUCGUGGAAAUUAACAUUGUUGGCUUUAGCUGUUGUCCCUAUAAUCUCAGUUGGCGUUCGCCAAUUUGGGCGAUACCUCCGUGAGCUAUCACACGCAACUCAAGCUGCUGCUGCUGUAGCUGCAUCAAUUGCUGAGGAAUCAUUUGGGGCCAUUCGUACAGUAAGAUCUUUUGCUCGAGAGCAACAUGCAAUCUCAGGAUACUCAGAGAAGGUUGAUGACACACUGACGCUUGGACUCCGACAAGCAAGAAUGGUGGGUUUGUUCUUUGGAGGAUUGAAUGCAGCAUCGACUUUGUCUGUCAUUGUAGUGGUGAUAUACGGAGCUUACUUGACAAUAAUGGGCCACUUAACUGCAGGAGCUCUAACAUCCUUUAUCUUAUACAGUCUCACAGUUGGAUCAUCAGUAUCUUCGCUGUCAGGACUAUACACCACUGCAAUGAAAGCUGCAGGGGCUAGUAGGAGAGUUUUUCAGCUUCUGGACCGUGUCUCGACCAUGCCUAAAUCGGGUGAUCAAUGCCCUGUCAGCAAUCCAGAUGGAGAUGUGGAAAUCAAUGAUGUAUGGUUUGCGUACCCCUCACGUCCGAGUCACAUGGUUCUCAAGGGCAUAACUUUGAAACUCAGCCCGGGAUCAAAAGUUGCUCUAGUCGGUCCUAGUGGUGGAGGAAAAACAACGAUAGCUAACUUGAUUGAGAGGUUUUACGAUCCAAUAAAAGGGACAGUUACACUGAAUGGAGUUUCUUUAGUCGAAAUCUCCCAUGAAUAUCUACACCAAAAGAUAAGUAUCGUGAGCCAGGAGCCCGUCCUUUUCAAUUGUUCAAUACAAGAAAACAUCGCCUACGGCUUUAAUGGCGAAGCGACUGACUCUGACAUAGAAAACGUAGCUAAAAUGGCUAAUGCUCACGACUUCAUAACAUCCUUCCCGGAGAAAUACAAAACCAUUGUAGGUGAACGUGGACUGAGACUGUCCGGAGGUCAGAAACAAAGAAUAGCAAUUGCAAGAGCACUCUUGAUGAACCCUAGAGUUUUGCUACUUGAUGAGGCCACGAGCGCCCUCGACGCAGAAAGCGAAUACCUCGUUCAAGAUGCAAUGGAUUCGCUAAUGGAAGGGCGGACUGUUCUAGUGAUCGCCCACCGGCUUUCGACUGUGAAGAGCGCCGAUACGGUUGCAGUGAUAGCGGACGGGCAGAUCGCGGAACUCGGCACCCAUGAUCAUCUUCUUAGCUUGAAUGGUAUCUACACUGCACUUGUGAGCAGGCAACUACAGGCACCUAGAGAGGAUCAUGCUUUGGUCGAAUCCUGAGAGAAAUUUGCACGUAGCUUGCUUCUCCCACAUCGAAUGUUGUGUGUCUAAUUGGUGUCUAAUAAUCACGAAAAUGUCGUGUCUAUGUUUUUGUUUUGUUUUUUUUUUUUUUUUUUUUUUUUUUUUUUUCUAGAAUUUAUGUUUACAGCAUCGAAGAGUUGAACAGUUUAAAGUUACUACUAGCAAUGAAACCUUUUGAUACUUCUAUGUGUUUUUUAUUUUGUUGCCGGACAGUGCUAAAAUACACUAUAUCUUCAUUA